AUGAGUUAUUUGGCACACUUGUUUGGCAUCAUAGCCUUCGUCCUCUUGCUGGUUUGGUUGCUGCAUUACCGUGAAGGAAUCGAGUAUGACUCAGACAAUGGACUGCGCGUCUUCAAUGUUCACCCAUUUUUGAUGUACUCGGGCUUCAUCUUCCUUUCUGGUGAAGCUGUAUUAGCAUUCCAAACGAUACCAAGCGAAAGGAAAAUAAGAAAGUUUGUUCACAUGACACUGCAUUUGAUUGCCCUAGUUCUUGGCAUUGUUGGUUUAAGUGCCGUUUUCAAGUUCCAUGACAUGCGUCAAAUUCCCAACGUUUAUAGCCUCCAUUCAUGGAUUGGCAUCGGCACCUUCUGCUUGUUUGUAUUGCAGUGGAUUUUCGGUUUGUCUGUGUUCAUGAUUCAAGCAGCAUCAGAGCUAACAAGAAGGAAGGUGCUACCGUGGCACAAAGUUGGUGGAAAAGCACUGAUGUUCAUGGCAGUGUGUGCUGCUGAAACAGGGUUGAUGGAGAAGACGAGUUUCUUAACUUCCGCAGGAGCGCUGAAGCCUCAUCACUUAGAAUCCAAUUUGAUCAAAUUCACUGGUCUUGCCAUUCUCCUGUUUGGAGUUUUUGUUAACCUUUCUGUUUGA